AAUUGCUUGUUCAAUUCAUUUUUGCAAUGAUUUGGACUUUCGUCUAUUCUAUUGCACCACCAUACUUUCUUGAAAAAGUUUUGCUGUAUAUUCAAGAUUAUUCUGAUAUUGGCGGAGAGACACGAACGAUCGGUUAUUUAUAUGUAUUCUUCUUAUUUGUUGGUUCAGUGAUCCCAGAUUUAUGCUUUCAACAAGCAUCAUAUAUUGGACAACAAUUAUCUGUUAAAUAUAGGCAGGCGAACAUUAUUGAUAGAAUAUAUCAAACAACUAUGCUUCUGAAUGAUGAUGAAAAAAAUAAAGCGGGAAUGAUUACAGAUCUCAUGGAUUCUGAUGCGCAAAAAACAUUUCAAAUUAUUCAUAAAGAUCUCAUGGCUGCAACUGACAAACGCGUGGGAUUAUUAGGCGAAUUACUGCAAGCUAUUCGGGUUGUCAAACUUUAUGUUAUGGAAGAUUAUUUUCGCCGCAAAAUUAUGGACGCUCGUGAUGAAGAACUAAAGAAACUUAACAAUUAUAUGAUUAAAAGAAUUUGCAUGAGGACAUCAUGGACAAUUCUAACAUUUCUGAUGAUGCUAUUCUCGUUUUUUUGGCAUACAAAAAUUCUAGGAAAUACAUUGACUUCGAGUGUCGCUUUUACUGCACUUAUGUUGUUUAAAAAUCUGCGUC